AUGUCGGACCCGUGGUGUCUAAUAUGCAAUUGGAGUACCAGGGCGGGAGAAAAACAUAUUAGCGUCAUUGAAUCCAUUAUCGCUGGCUACGGACAAUCCGGUGUGAGUGACUACGUACCGGCCCUGCAAAUUCCGGAAGCAAGUUGUUCCAGGCACAUCAGGACUGCCAUUCCGGAUCCCGUCUUUACCCUAUUUGCCUUUCUUGCGCGUCAGGGUGUUCAUGUAACCGACCUCUUUCGUCGUCCGGGCAACAUAACCCAAAUGAAGACUAUUAGCUCGCAGUUGGCCGUAGGUGAGCCUGUGGACUGGUCCAGCUAUAACGUCUACACAGUUGCCAACGUGGCCAAGCGUUUCCUGCUGAGUGUGCCUGGAGGGCUGCUGGGAGAUCACAAUGAACGGCGGCUCCUGGCAACAGCGGUUUCUUACUGUCCGUCUGAAGAUAAACAGCAACAGAAGAAGGAGACGGCAGCGGAAAAAGAGCCGCAACCGCCGUCCCCACCGAAGCAAGAUCAUUUGCGACCGCAUCACCAUCAUCAGCACCAUCCCCGCCACCAUCAGAAGACGCCUGCCUGUGUGGGUGGUGAGGGUCCC